AUGCCGCAGAGACUGGUGGGUGAUGACUUGGAAUUGUUCAACCCUUCUGCAGACCUAUUGACCGAUGAUGAAAGAAUCCAUAUAAGCUAUCAGCGAGCACGUGCAGUUGCGAGAGCAUACGAUUUGAACAUAUCGGAUGUGCUCCACUUGACACCAAAAUUUUGGCAAUUGCACCAGGACCUAAUAGCCCCCGUUGAUUAUGCAGCUUUCAGCCUGCUGACGAUCCAAUUUAACCUCGCGGCUGGUACGCUUGCGCCGUUUGCCGUACAUAACCCACACUACAAGUCUCUGUUGGAUCGAAUACUAAGGUUUGAUGUCUCGGCACAGUACAUGCUUACGGAGGUCGGACAUGGAUUAGAUGCCCGAAACCUGGAGACAUCAGCAACGCUACUCCCAAAUGGCGAAUUCGACCUCCACACGCCCAACUUAAAUGCGGCGAAGAUCAUGCCACCAACGUGGCCGAGGAAGAGCUUCCCUCGAGUCGCGGUUGUGUUUGCCAGGCUUCUAGCUUCAGAUGAAGACCGAGGGUUGCGGCCAUUUAUUGUCUGGCUCAAUGAUGGCGAACGCAUGUGCGAUGGGGUCAUCGCCAAAAUGCUGCCCCCGCGAGCAGGAGCUAAACCUCUAGACCAUUCAAUCACCAGCUUUACCCACGUCCGGCUGCCAUCCUCGGCACUCCUUGGAUCAAUAGAAAGACCGUCCAACGAACGCGAAAAUUUUCUCUCAAUAACGUGGCGCCUUGGUGUCGGUGCUCUUGCGCUCACCAUGAGUACAAUCCCAAUGAUGAAACGGUCCGUCUUCGUAGCUGGGAAAUACAGCAUCCAUCGUCAAAUUCUAGGACCAGAGACCAAACCAACUUCUAUUAUCUCACUCCGAACGCAGCAGCAGCCGAUCCUACAUGGUCUGGCCCAAAUAGCCGUGUUUGAAGCCUAUGCAGAGGAGAGUAUUCUCUUAUUCCAGGAUCCCAAUCUGCAACCAACUGUGCGACAUGCGAUUGGAGCUAUUUUCAAGGCCGUCAUGAGCCAAGCAGUCCAUCCCACCUUGUACGCUCUUUCCGAGCGAUGCGGCGCGCGGGGGCUAUACGCCUACAACCACAUCAUUGAGUCGCAGUUAGACUGCCGCGUUUCUUCUAUUGCUGAAGGAGAUACUUUAGCUCUCAGUAUUAGACUCGCAACUGAGUUACUCCUCGAUCGAUACCAGCUACCGCCGGCUAGAUACUCCACAUGUAUCUUAGCCCAACACGAAAAGGGUCUUAUGGCGGAAAGUCGUGCGCUACUAAGGGGUAUAGCGGGGGGCCACCGCAGUGAUGAGUUUAACGCGUUGAUCCUACCACGGUGCCAAUCUAUCGUGGAAGCCGUUGGCCAUCGAAUGGCCUAUGAAGCCGCCGCCAAGGCGGGUGUUCCUUCUGACUUGUUAUCCCUAUACAAGAUUGGCGUGAUGCUGCAUGAUCCAAGCUGGUAUGUCCAACAUACUAAUGCUACCCGAGAGAGCAUGUUUGCAGAAGAGUCACGAGCACUGGAUGCCGUUCUGCCCCGGUUGAAUACUUUAUUAGACCAGACUGGGGCGGAGCGCUACUGCACUUCACCAAUUCUAUCGCACGAUUCUUGGGAGGCUUUUGUGGACCAGUUGGAGACCCAUGGGGAUGGCAAGUCAACCUGCAUAUCCAGGAGCAGUUCCAAGCUUUGAAGUAGAAGACUGACUUGAUAGCUUCUUUGCU